CGCCCAGUUGGUCACUGGCCCAUUUCUUGCCGGGCGAAGAGACCACGGCCAGCCACCCGCUAUGUUGGAGCGGCACUUGCCGCCGCCGCCCAGCUGCCCCUUGCUACACAGCAAGUUUGGAGCGUUGAAGAAUGGAGUACCAAAGUAUGUACCUCAAGACGCUCUCAUCGAGGCGUUCGAGACGGCGCAGGCGGAGACCACCGCACGGAUCCGCGCUGGGCUGAGCCUACCAGCGUCUCCGGAGGGGAAGUCGACCACCUCCAGGUCCUGGCCUCACCGGCGCCAUGGCAGCGAGCCACCGCCCUCGCCGUCCAGACGACAGCGGCUGCUGGGGCUGGAGCUCCCACAGCCGCCCCUCCCACCCGUGGCUGGCGAGCUAAAGGUGAGGCUGGAAGCCUUGGAACUGGAAGCGAAAAGAUCCCAUGCACAAGAGCUAGAGCGGAUGCGGGAGAUUUGCAAUGGACUUCAGGAAGACUUAGAGCUUUGCCGACGGAGUUUGGAUGAGAAGGGAAGGCAGGAGGAGAUGGCUCAGAAGGAGCUGGCACGCCUCCGAGCGGAGCACGAUCGGGCCGAGGCUGAGAAAGCGCGCCAGCAGAGGAGCGAGUCCAAAGAGACUCUCCGACUGAAGGAGGCUUUGAGCCUUCUGGAACAAAGCGAGCAGGACAAGAGCCGUCGGCUUCAAAUGGAGCAGGAGGAGGUCGCACGUCUCCAGACUGAGCGGGACCGGGUUGAAGCUGAGCUCAGGGACUUGCAGAUGGAAAGCCUACGGAGCGCCGAGCUUAAGGAAAAGCAGCUGCGGGAAAGGAUGGAGACCGAGAAGAGACAAGAGCUGCUGCAAAAGCAGAAAGAGCUGCAGAGACUAGAGGCAGACGUCCGAAGGCUGACCGAGAGCGUGGAACGAGCGGAGGAGGAGAAGCGGCAUUUGCGAAAGGCCCUGCAAGAGCGAGAAAGGGUGGAAGCAGAGCUGAGGGACUCCUUAUCGAAUCUCAAGGGCCGCGUGAUGGCGCAGAAGCAGCAAGAGAUCCUUGGGACGAUGCUCCCGUGUCACGUGAGGAGGGCGGGGAGGAACGAUGUCAGACAGUUGGUUGGUUGAAAUGCCAAGAUCCGACAGCGCUCGGCCCAUCUGGGUACGACUUGGUUCCUUGACAUGACCGGUCUUCUUAGCGGGGCUUAGGACAUGAGAAGUUACUGAAGAAUGAGGCAACCUGCGCAGACAAUAUGUAGAGGAUGAGAAGUGAUUGGUCUUUACCAUGGAGUUUGUUGUUCAUUACCCCAUUUGCAUGCACAAGCAUGCAUACAGGGCCGCUAACUAGCACAGAGCAAUGAAGUCGCGUUGGGCAAUACCCGCAGUCGAAGCCAUAUUGUCUAGGAGCUUCUGUGAUGAUAUCCCAGACACUCCAUGUAUGUCAUAUAUGCCGAUCAGGCCAGGGGUGGUGGACUGGGGGUCUUUCUGGAGCGGCGCAUAUGGCAGUCCCAUUAGUCGUGUCUGGGCCUUUGAUCAGGGCGGCAAUGCUCAUGACGUGUUGGUGCACUGUUUUGUUUGAUGUGUCGGUGCCACUGUUUGAUACUUUUUGACCCUUUUGUGGUGUCGUGGAUGGUGGCAUUUUGGAGAGACCUGCCUGUUCAUGCCAACAAGGACCCGGAAUCAACAAGAAUCAACCAGAUGUAGUGCUGCGAGUGCCAACAUGAGUACAGCACCGUUUUUCAUCGCCAAAGUCAUCCCUCAAAGGUGUUGCUUCGCAUUCAAGUCCCCAACCUCCAAAAAACACAAUUCUCU